CUCCACUUUUCGUCGACGUUGCAACUCGAAGGUACCGUGCGAAACUUCCACUUGACCGUUACAAGGAUUUUUUCCUCUUGGCAUUUCUGAUUUUUUUUUCUCUCCAUAAAACCUAAUUUCAAUUCACCAUGUCAGAAGAAGAUGUUCAAGCUUUGGUAAUCGACAAUGGCUCCGGUAUGUGUAAAGCCGGAUUUGCUGGCGAUGAUGCUCCUCGUGCUGUUUUCCCUUCAAUCGUCGGCCGACCUCGCCAUCAAGGUAUCAUGGUUGGAAUGGGUCAAAAAGACUCGUAUGUUGGUGACGAAGCACAAAGUAAGAGAGGUAUCCUUACCUUGAAAUAUCCUAUCGAGCACGGAAUUGUCACUAACUGGGAUGAUAUGGAAAAGAUCUGGCAUCACACUUUUUACAACGAAUUGCGUGUAGCUCCAGAAGAACAUCCCGUCUUACUAACUGAAGCUCCCAUGAAUCCCAAAGCUAACCGUGAAAAAAUGACUCAAAUCAUGUUCGAAACAUUCAACACCCCAGCUAUGUAUGUCAACAUCCAAGCUGUACUAUCCUUGUAUGCUUCUGGUCGUACUACUGGUAUCGUUCUCGAUUCUGGCGAUGGUGUAAGCCAUACCGUUCCAAUCUACGAAGGUUACGCUUUGCCUCAUGCUAUGAUGCGUUUGGACUUGGCUGGCCGUGACUUAACUGACUACAUGAUGAAAAUCUUGACUGAACGUGGCUAUACUUUCACUACUACCGCUGAACGUGAAAUCGUUCGUGAUAUCAAGGAAAAAUUAGCCUAUGUCGCUUUAGACUUUGAGCAAGAAAUGCAAACCGCUGCUUCUAGUUCAAGCCUUGAAAAGAGCUACGAAUUACCUGACGGUCAAGUUAUCACCAUUGGUAAUGAACGAUUCCGCUGCCCAGAAGCUCUCUUCCAACCCGCUUUCUUAGGUAUGGAAUCCGCUGGUAUCCACGAAACUACCUACAACUCUGUAAUGAAAUGCGACGUCGAUAUUCGAAAAGACUUAUACAGUAAUAUUGUCUUGUCUGGCGGUACUACUAUGUUCCCUGGUAUUGCUGACCGUAUGCAAAAGGAAAUUGUUAGCUUGGCACCUCCAACUAUGAAAAUCAAGAUCGUUGCUCCACCAGAAAGGAAAUACUCUGUAUGGAUCGGAGGAUCUAUUUUGGCUAGUUUAUCCACCUUCCAACAGAUGUGGAUCUCCAAACAAGAAUACGAUGAAUCUGGCCCCGCUAUCGUUCACCGUAAAUGCUUCUAAGUUCGUGUUAAGUUUAAUUUAUACAAUAUCCAAAAAAUCAAUAACUAUAGCAAUAUCAAAAAUCUGAUAAUAAAACUGAUUUAAAUCCAGAC